AAACCUGGCCGCGUGUGAGACAAUGGGGUCCGCCACAACGAUCUGCAGUGACAAAACUGGGACCCUAACCACGAAUCGAAUGACUGUUGUCAAGACUUGCAUAUGUAUGAAAGUCAAAGAUUUAAACACUUCGAGUGACGCAAAUGAUAUCCGAACCCAACUUCCAUAUAAUGUCCUCCAAGCGCUUCUCCAGUCCAUAUUCAACAACACGGGAGGUGAAGUGGUGGCUUCAAAAACUGGGAAACGUGAAAUGUUGGGAACACCAACCGAGACAGCAAUACUUAAGUUUGGUUUGGAUCUUGGUGGGGAUUUCCAAGCUGAAAGAAAGGCUUGCAAACUAGUAAAAGUCGAACCUUUUAACUCCACCAAAAAAAGAAUGAGUGUAGUAUUAGAACUUCCUGAAGGACGUUUACGUGCUCAUACUAAAGGUGCUUCAGAGAUAAUAUUGGCUGCCUGUGACAAAGUUAUUAAUUCUGAUGGUGUGGUUGUGCCACUGGAUGAGGAGUUAUGUAAUCACAUGAAUGCCACUAUCAAUGAGUUUGCCAAUGAAGCACUUAGAACGUUAUGCCUUGCGUAUCUCGAUUUGGAAAGUGGGUUCUCACCUAAUGAUGAUAUUCCGGUCUCGGGCUAUACUUGUGUGGGGAUAGUGGGAAUAAAGGAUCCGGUUCGGCCGGGAGUUAGGGAAUCUGUUGCCCUCUGUCAUUCCGCUGGUGUCACUGUUAGGAUGGUCACUGGAGAUAACAUCAACACUGCAAAAGCUAUAGCCAGGGAAUGUGGGAUUUUAACUGAUGAUGGUAUUGCCAUUGAAGGUCCUGUAUUUAGGGAGAUGAGUCUCGAGGAGAUGCACAAAAUCAUUCCUAAAAUCCAGGUGAUGGCUAGAUCCUCACCACUAGACAAGCACACAUUGGUAAAGCAAUUGAGAACAACAUUUCAAGAAGUUGUGGCAGUAACUGGUGAUGGAACUAAUGAUGCUCCUGCACUUCAUGAGGCUGAUAUUGGGCUUGCAAUGGGCAUUGCUGGGACUGAGGUGGCCAAAGAGAGUGCUGAUGUAAUCAUUCUAGAUGACAAUUUCUCAACUAUCGUGACAGUAGCUAAAUGGGGACGCUCAGUUUACAUAAACAUUCAGAAAUUCGUUCAGUUUCAGUUGACUGUUAAUGUUGUUGCUUUAAUUGUCAACUUCUCUUCGGCUUGUUUAACGGGUAGUGCCCCAUUAACCGCUGUUCAACUCUUGUGGGUGAAUAUGAUAAUGGACACAUUGGGAGCACUUGCCUUGGCAACUGAACCCCCUACAGAUGAGCUAAUGAAGAGGGCUCCAGUUGGAAGGACAGGAAGUUUUAUCACAAACGUAAUGUGGAGGAAUAUCUUGGGUCAAUCUUUAUACCAGUUCAUAGUUAUCUGGUUUCUUCAGGCUUGUGGAAAAUUCAUAUUCCGUCUUGGUGGCCCAAAUGAGGAUUUGACCCUCAACACACUUAUUUUCAACUCAUUCGUCUUCUGUCAGCUGUUCAAUGAGGUGAAUUCUCGGGAGAUGGAGAAAACAGACGUGCUUGAAGGCAUACUAAACAACUAUGUGUUUGUGACAGUCAUCAGUGUCACUGUCAUCUUCCAGAUUAUAAUCAUCGAAUACCUGGGCACGUUUGCCAACACAACUCCUCUUAGCUUCUGCCAGUGGUUUCUUAGCGUAUUCUUUGGUUUCUUGAGCAUGCCAGUUGCUGUGUACCUGAAGAAGAUUCCAGUAUGAGCAAGUUCCAUGCGAGAUGGAUCUGCAUCUCUAGUUUUUGUGAAGCUGCGUUUAGAAGUUAAGAAAGUACAUUUCUACCCAGAAAUUUUUAACUAUGUAUCCAUAUUUUGGAAGGAUAGCAACAUCCCACUUCACUCUCUACUAUAGUUGUAGGGUGAUUCCUUGUAAUAGCUUUGUUUGAUUGACUUGGAAAACGACUUCUUACUUGAUAAUGUUAAUGUCUUUGUCA